AUGAAAUUCAGAACUAAAUAUAAUGUUAUAUUAUUAACAAUAUUCCUCAUCAUUACGCCUUUCACAUUACAAUUUGAUAUUGAAGAAGAAACUGAUAUACAAAAGGAUGAUAAUGAUUUUUCUACUGUCGAUGAAUCAGAAUCUCUUCUCUCCAAUGUAGUGUCUGAUGUAAAUAAAACCUUAACACAUCUUUACAACCAGGUUACUUCAGCUAACAUAACUAUGGAGAAUACAACACAAAGUUUGAAUGAGACACGAAAAUUAGCCAAAUGUAAGGAAAUUAUACAUGAUCAAAGUGAAGAAUCUGAACCAUCAGUUGAAAUAAUUAAUGGAACUACUUUAACUAAGCUUUUACAGAUAAAACCGGAUAUAACAAGUCGAGAUAUUGAAGCAGAUUGUGUUCUAGUACUAUUUCAUACUAAAGCCUGCCCUUUUAGUGCUCAUGCAGCUCCUCACUUCAAUGCAUUAGCUAGAUCAUAUCCUAACGUAAAAAUGGUAGCAAUUGAUGCAUUAAAAUAUCAUGGAAUUAAUGCCCAAUAUGGAAUUGUGGGUGUACCUACUUUAAAAAUGUUCCACAAUGGCCGACCUGUUGGUAAAUUUAAUGGAACGGAAUAUAAUAUUCACUUAUUUAGUAAAUUUGUUCAUGCUAUCACAGGACAAAAUCCACAGGUACUUCUAGUGACAUCUAGAGAUUUUCAAGGGCCUGUAUCAAGUGUUGUUGAAAAGGAAACUGAUUAUUUUCUUAUACUGUCUUGGUUAUUUAUUAUUGUAUGUUCAAUUUACUAUUUUAUGGAGUCAAAAUGGUGGCAGAUGAUUGUUGAAAUGAUUCAGAAUAACUGGAGAGAGUCCGAAGCACAGCAUGAACAUAAUGAC